AUGGCCUCAAUUGCGCGAUGCCUGCGGGCGGCCCGGCCGUCGACCCUCUUCAAGCUGGCCCCGACGCCGGCCCUGCGAAGCAGCUGGCGAGCGUCCCCCGUCAGGGCCUUCUCGGCCACGCCUCUACGCGAGAUCCGUAAAUACACCAAGGACCACGAGUGGGUCGACCUCAACGCCGACAAGACCUCGGGCGUCAUCGGCAUCUCGUCCUACGCCGCCGAGGAGCUGGGCGACGUCGUCUACGUCGAGCUGCCCGAGGGCGACAAGUUCGUCAAGGCCGGCGACGCCAUUGGCGCCGUCGAGUCCGUCAAGAGCGCCGCCGACAUCAACGCCCCGAUCACCUGCCGCGUCACCGACGUCAACCUCGUGCUCGAGGAGAAGCCCGGCCAGAUCAACGCCGUCCCCGAGGACGACUCCCACGGCGGCGGCUGGAUCUGCAAGGUCGCCGUCGACGAGCAGGGCGCCAAGGACUUUGAGGGCCUGAUGGAUGCCGACGAGUACAAGGCCUUCACCGGCGCCGACCACUGA